AAUUUUUAAUUUCUUAUAACCUCAAUAACUGUACUACUGUACAGUGUAUAUUUUUAUUUUAAUAAUAUAUUAACAAAUAGUAAACAAAGUUUAUAAUGUCGCUAGAGAAAGGACGGUUCAAAGAGAUUCCCAAAGAUGCUGUAAUAUUAACUAAACCACAAGCUAUAACGUACCAGUAUAAAAUAUUAAAUAAUUGGCCGCAUUUUUCAGAUGUAUGGGGUUUUAAGUACAGUAGAUACCUAUUAGCUAUGUCAACAACAUUCUCUAGUAUGUAUAUCAACAAUUAUUUUAGGACUAAAUUCAGACUAUUGAAUUACGGUCGUCUUUCUUCGUAUCUACCAAUUUGUGUAGUUCCUGCUGCAAUGUCAGUUCUAGUGCACACAGACUUUGUUACCAGCGAACUUGUUGUCGGAGGUAAUGAUACAUGUCCAGUCUGUCUUCAAACUAGAGCAGCUGCUUUACAAACGGCUGUUGGAUUUCUCAUACCGUUUGCUUUAGCACCUACAAUGGGAUUAUCACUAGUGCAUCGAUUUCACACAAUUGAUAUGCCGUACAUAAGUAAGGAGCCUAAGAAAGUUUUUAAAAUCAUCGGAGGUCAUUUUGCUAGGAUUAAAAAUGCAUCGUUUGGUUUUUUUUUGGGACAUGCUUUACUAGCGAGUAUUGUAACACUAUUGGAGAGCAAUUCUGUCCAUAAAGUAAAUAUGAGCUUAAUAGAAUCCAUUGAACAAGUCCAAUCAGCAAAACGUUAAUUAAUGUUGUAAUGUUAUACUAAUAUUGUAAAAUAUUAUUCAGUCUAAAAAAUGGUACAAUUCAUGAAAAAAUUAUUUUUCAUUUUAAAUUCGAGUUGUUUCAAUAUUGACAUAAGACCUUCAGAUAUUGUAUGUAG